AUGAAAUCAACUACUCAAUCCCCUCCGGCCGGCCCUCGCCCCAAAUGGGCCGCCGACGAGACCGACUUCUACACAAAAGCGAAUUUCCUCAGAGCAUUCGGUGAAUAUCAUGACGAGAGCAACCAUGAUCCAGACGUUAAUGUAGAAGACCCUGCAAUGGCGAACAGAGCCGAAGACGAAGGCAACAUCCUCAAGCUGCUGCAGGCUUAUCUGAAAGGCGUCGCAUAUCUCUGCGAUGUGAAGAAAGGUGGAACUACCGUUUCUGCGAAUGGUAUAGAUCAGAAUCUUAAACUGUAUAUUGCUGCCAACACAAACCUGCAUUCGUCUGUGAAAAUUUUUGUUGUAAAGGUUCUCACGAAGACUGAUAUAUUGAGUCGUCCUACGAAAGUUGUUGUUCGCGAGAUCCUUGAGGAAGCGGUAAAGAUGGCGUGGCGUAGAGGUGGGUUUUAUGUGAAGCAGUUGGGCCGAUUCUGGGGCGUUUGCAGGGCAUCGCUUGAGAGUCAAUUUAGAGGUGAAUCCCUCGACAGCAGAUAUAUGUAA